UCACCCACGACAUUCGAAGAAGUGGAUCUCUGCUGUCCCUGCUCUCCGCACAUCCGCAUCUUUGUUGCUCCGCAUUCGCAUUCGAAUAUUCGCAUAUCCGCGCCACCACUUCUCUCUACCGUGUGUGCGUGUGUGUUAGUGUCUGCCUAUCUAUACAUAUAUGCACAUGUACACGUGUGUGCGUGUGCAUUACGCCAAAGUGAACGACCAACUUUUUUAAUAUCGCGCAAAAAUGCAACAAAAAUAAACGGCAUGAAAACAAAUACACAACUCAAACAGUGAAUUCAACCAACUGAAUUUAAUAACUUUUAAGCAACAAACAAACGAAAGAAACCUUUUUUUAAAUGGCAAACCUGUGACAAAGUGAAAAGCAAUAACAAAACAAUAAAAACAAUAUCAGCAAUAAACCAAAAUACAAAAAACAAAAUAUCUACAACUUGCUGCUAAUUUAGCAAAAGGCACCAACAGUCAUCAACACUACCACCACAUACGACGACAUGGAGCACAUAAUAAAUCCGUUCAUGUCACCGGCUUAUCUGCUGGGCCAUGGCCCACAUCCCCACCAGCAUGUACACUCCCAUGUACCGUCACAUCCGUCAUCCCAAACGAAUGCCGCCUCGCCGGCAAGCUCACCGGGUGGAUCGAGUGGCUCGGGAACGGGAUCGGCAACUGGUUCAGGAUCAGGCAAUGGUAGUGGAACAUCAAUGAAGCCUCGUCGCUGGGGCUCACCGCCCAUCAAUCUUGCCGGACAGUUCAUCAAUCCGGCAACGGGAAAAAAGAGGGUUCAGUGUUCCAUCUGUUUUAAAACGUUUUGUGACAAAGGUGCCCUAAAGAUUCACUUUUCGGCGGUCCAUCUUCGGGAGAUGCACAAGUGCACGGUAGAGGGCUGCAAUAUGGUGUUCAGUUCGAGACGUUCAAGAAAUCGUCACAGCGCCAAUCCGAAUCCCAAACUCCAUUCACCGCAUAUUCGACGCAAGAUCUCGCCGCAUGAUGGUCGAACAGCUCAGCAGUUUCCGGUUUUCUCGCCGGGCACAGCAGCGGCAGCGGCCGCUGUCGCCGGACGACUUCCGGUUGCGUUUCCCGGACUCCUGCCACCGCCACCACCUCAUCAUGGCCAUCAUCCGUAUGUAAUGUUUGGCGGACAGACGGGUCUACAUGGUCUUGGUCUGCUCUCCUCCGGCUGUCAGGAUAACGAUUCCGGUUCGGUGGAUAAUGAGCAAGAUGCUGAUCCCGAGGAUGAUGGAGAUUUUGUGUAUGUUGACAUGCAGGCCAAUAGCUCAAGUCCGGCGGCAUCUAGCGAGGAUCAAGAAGAUCAGGAUCUUGAACAAGAUCAAGAACAGGACGAAGAAAUGCAUUGUAGUUUGAGCCUGGCCAGCAGUAGUAGCACCACCGCCGCCGACGAGGAGCGAGCUGAUCAGCCGCUGGACUUUAGCCUUCAUAAGCGUCGCAAGUCAGAACAGGAACCUGAACAGGAGCAGGAGGCCGACAAAGAGCAGGAACAUGAUGUGGAAUCUGACAAGGAACACGAACCAGAGCUGGAGCGUGAGAAGCGUUCGCCCAGUGAUGCCUUUUCCAUGGAUCAGUUGCUGGGUAAGCGGAAGCGUCAUGACAGCACCACCUCCAGUUCCGCUUGCUCCACGGUGGCGGCCUCCUCCUCCGCCAAUUCCAUUGCCAGCUCUAAUCUUCCCCAAACGAGCAUCAAAAUGGAACUGGACCUGGAAAGUGACAGUGCGUUCUUGACCAGCCGGCGGCAAAUGCUACCAAUGCCCGUUUUGGACUUCGAGGAGCGGCAUCAUUUGCGCCUGCUGCAGACACAGAUGUUGGCCGCCGCAGCAGCUGCUGCUGCCACAAGUCAACCACCACCGACCGCCUUCCUGCCGGCGGGUUCACCCGUCGACCUGGCCAAGGAUUCACCGCCCAUGUGGAGUCUCCUGUCCGAGAUGUAUCGCUCGAUGCUGCUUAAAACGCAGCAUCAGCAGCAAUUUAAUCAGCACCACCAACAGCUGCAGCAGCAUCAGCAAGAGCAGCAUCACCACCUAACCCUGAGCCACCAUCAUCAUCCACAUCAUCAGGAGCAGCAUCAUCUGAACCAUUUGGGUCAUCAUCUGAAUCACCAUCUGGGACACCAUCAUCAACACCACCAACAGCCGCCGCAACAGCAAUCACCAGCGGCCACGAAUGCACCGAUUUCCGUCUAGAUCAGGAUGAUCUUCAGCGAUUUCUAGAUGAUUUCCUUAGUCAAAUUUGUUUUUCUUUUUUUUUUUUUGUUCUUUGUAAUCGUAUUUAUAAGAAGAAUACGUUUGGGGUGUGGGAUUGUGUCUAGGUGGUUUUGGGUGGUAUGUUGGGGCCGUGCCAAAGCUGGACCAUUAAAUGGCUGGCACUCCUCCUCAGGCGCGAUUCUGCAACACCCACCUUUACCCCAAAAAACCACCCACUAAACACCUCUUUCAAAAAAAGAAAACUGGAAUUGCUCCGAAACAAAGCUUUUUCUGCUCGUAUAUGUGUUAUAUGGAAUUUUUUUUAAAAACCUAUAUUUAAUGGAUAAUGUAAACUGUAGUGGCGACAUCUAAGUGUAUAGUAUUCAAUCCGUUCCUCAGUGUGAAUGUAUGUGUGAUCAAGAACGAGUGUGAAUGUGCGUGUGCUUGGGAUCCCAGGAUGGGAUCCAAAAAAAAAACAACAAAAAACAAAGUCUGUCAUCUGAAAAGCGGGCUGGGCAGUGCAGAAGCGAGGAUCUUUGGAACGGGUUCGGUUUUCCUUGCCCCCCCGGAUCGGUGUACAACGAAGUAUUGAUAUUUAUAACGAAAUAUAUUAUGAAUGCAUAUAUUAAAUAGUUUUAAGACAAUUUUUUUCGUAGCCAAUAAUAAUAAUAAUUAUAAUAAAAACAAAAUAAUAUUAAAUAACUUGGAUGUACUAACACCAGCAAGCAAAUUCUAAUGAAACAUAUCCCCCGUGUGUUAAAAAAGAGAUUAUUUCCCCCAAUUCCCUCGCAAAAAAAAAGGAAAAAUAAUAAAAACAAUCCAUCGAAGGUUGAUAGAUCGUAGGUGAACAGAAAAAGAAAAAAAUGUUAUUGCUCUCUCGCAAACGAAAAUUCCUCCCGACGAUUGUGUACUGUAUUACAAAAAGAUUUUAAGUUUUUAUUAACAAAUAAACAAUGGCAAAAUUAAUGAAACAUGUAA